AUGUCUACAUCGAGAGCAAAGGUGGCUUCUUUGGGCGAUUGCUUUGAUGGAACUUGGUUAUGGAAUUUAAAUUUCCAUUCUGACUGUCUUUUAGAAUUGGCCAAUGCCGAAUUAAGUGACAUCUCUUGUAUUUUAGAUGAGACUGCUCCCAUCCUUGAGAUUCAUGAAACUUUUGUUUGGCGCGAUGAUCUCAAAGUUUUCUUGGUAAAAUCAGCAUGCACUAGAUUGCACCAUCAUUCCUUCUCUGAGCUUAUCAUUUCAUCUCAUAUUUCUCUUGCGCUGAAGACCAUUUGGAAAGCCAAGGUUCCUAGCAAUGUUUAG